UACAGUAGCCAGCGCUAAUAUGGCGACGGUUAAAGCGGGUUCGGUUAAACACAAAAACUCGCUUUUACUCGUGAUAAAGACAUAAUUGUAACAGUGUAGCCGGCGCAAUGUGAACAUUUGGAAGCUUAUUUGUCAGAAGAAUGAAUAAUUACAAAAUAAUCAAGAAAAUCGGAGAAGGCACAUUUUCUGAAGUGAUGAAGGUGCAAAACCUGAAGGACGGAAAGCAAUAUGCGUGUAAAAGCAUGAAGCAGAGCAUUAACAGCCUGGAACAGGCAUACAACCUCCGUGAGGUCCAAGCAAUGAAGAGACUCAGUCUACAUCCUAACAUACUGCAGCUCCAAGAACUAGUUUAUGACCAGGAAACGAAGUCUCUCUGCUUAAUAUGUGAGCUUAUGGAGAUGAACAUCUAUGAGCUAAUUAGAGGAAGGCAGCAUCCUUUACCUGAAAGCAAAGCAAAACAUUACAUGUAUCAGCUCUGUAAGGCUCUAGAUCACAUGCACAGCAAUGGGAUUUUCCACAGAGAUGUGAAACCAGAGAAUAUUUUAAUUAAAAAUGACGUCCUGAAACUGGCAGAUUUCGGUUCCUGUCGGAGCGUGUAUUCCAAGCCUCCUCAUACAGAAUACAUAUCCACUCGGUGGUACAGAGCUCCAGAAUGUCUGCUCACCGACGGCUACUACUCGCUCAAAAUGGACAUGUGGAGCGCAGGCUGCGUCUUCUUUGAAAUGCUCAGCUUGAAACCUUUGUUUCCAGGGAAUAAUGAGAUGGAUCAGGUGGCCAGGAUCCACGGUGUUUUAGGCACACCAGACAGCUUGGUUCUUCAAAAGUUCAAGCAGUCUCGUAUGAUGCACUUUGAUUUCGUGCCUCAGAAAGGCCGCGGGCUCGGUCAGCUGAUUCCGCGCUGCUCUGAACUUAGCCUAGCUCUGCUUUACCAGAUGUUGGCUUACGAUCCAGAUAAACGUUUAAGUGCUCGUACAGCGCUGCAGCAUGUCUGCUUUACAGAGCAGCGGAUGGCCGAGAGGAGAGCGCUGCAGAGGACCAUAGGAGGUGUAGAAACACAAGCCAGCACGACUCCAGCAUCCAUGGAGCAACUGUGGCGCAUCGCUCGUCAGGGAAGACGUCAGCAGCAGAUGAAGCACGUGGUCGACCCUUUCAGCAGAGGCAUGGUGCCUCGUUACCCCUUGGAGCUGCCGAAGCUGAAUGUAGCGAUUCCUUCACCUAAAGUGCCGUACUCCGUGUCCGGUCUGCACACUUUGGCUCUACCACACAGAGUGCUGCUGCCAGCCAUCAACUCCAAAAAGUGCCAUUCUCACUUCACAAAGCCCAGGGAAGAGCCACACCGCUCAAACUUAAAGAGCUACUACAUACCUCCACUUGAAAGGAAAGGAGGAGGAUACUGAAGUCCAGCCCGAGACUCCGCUGCUGCUCAACUGACAACUGAAUGCUCGAAUGUAAAUGAUAGCAGUAAAAUGUCCGACCUUAGAGAGACGCCUUUCUUCAAGUGAUUUUACCUCCAGGCCUGAGAACGACUUCCGAGUUGAUGUCAGGUGUUAAUUAACAGGUUUUGUUCCGUAGAAAUAACUCUUAAUAUGUUUGACUUUUUAAGCUGUAUUGAGCCCAGAUGGGAAACCCAAUCCAAAUCUUUAAUAUGUUGCAUCUUGCCUCUGAUUGGCGGAGUGGGAAAUUGGAAUUAAGUCACUUACGACCUCCAGGUGUUGAAGCUGUUGAAGUAGGAAAAUGUGAUUUCUGCUACAUAUGCAAAAGUUUAGAUAAAUGUAAUGAACAUACGUAACAUUUCGGCUACAGGGAGCACAGACUGUACAUAGAUGAUGUGUUCUAGAGGUACCCGUGUACUGCGUCUGGAUUGUGAUUGAUCUAAAAUAGGGUCACAGGCUAUACAACCACUGGCAAAACACCUGGAGGAUGUUUGUAGCAAAUAAAUGAUUAGUAGAUAAACAUGGCUGUAUUAAACUUACCACAAAUAAAUGAAAUGCAAUAAUUGUAAUUAAAUUACAGAUCGAAUAGA